AUGAUCGAAACGGAGACAGACGUUCUGCGAAGACGAAGGAAAGAAGUUACUUUACAAAAUGGGUUCGCAAAAUAUGAAGAAGACAAAAAACCAAAUCCGGAAUUUAUGCAUCGUGAUUCUCCUUUAACAGUUCUAAUCGAGAGCUCUCUUCACAUAAGAGCGAUUUAUCACAUUUUUGUGGUUAUUCUACUGGUUCUGCUAUGUGACACCGUUAUAUAUGACUUCAUAGAACGUGGAAAGAUAAACAUUGGUGCGACGUCGAUAAUUCAUGGAUUUGGAGAUAUACGGCGCGGGGCGAAGAUCUGGCUGUGGGAGCUCGCAAUCGCGCUCGCUUUUUAUCCGGGAUUAAGAAUAUACGCUGCAGCGAAGAAGCUUUUUAAAAAUUUUCCAGCGAUUUCCAGAACAUGCUCAAUCCUUGGCGUACUAGGUGUUGUGGCCUGCGAAGCCUUGGUAAUCGUAAUACCUACUUGGGACCUGGCCAGAGAUCACCUAGCGAUUGCUUCAGCCGCUACUGUAACAUGUGAAAUGUUUAGAUUCGCGAUGAAAAUUCACGCCAUGGCUGUUGCCUGUGCACCACGAUGUGUUGACGGAGGUGAAAAAUUACCCACCUUCAAGCAUUAUGUAUAUUUCCUGUUUGCGCCAACUUUGGUGUACAGAGAUGAAUAUCCAAGGACUAAGAAGAUGAGAUGCAGUGUGAUCUUGUUCCAUUUCGUAGAAGUAGCCGCUAUAAUAUUUUACAACAGCUUCCUAUGGGAGAGAUUCAUUUUGCCCUACUGGUCCGAUUACGGCAAAGAACCGAGGGUAGAAGCUGGGACCGUCGUAAGGGGCAUGUUUGCGUGUGUGUUGCCAGGCGUUAUUUCCUACUUGUGUGGUUUCUACUGUCUGCUGCAUGCUUGGCACAAUGCUUUCGCGGAGAUAUUAACAUUUGGCGAUAGGUUGUUUUAUGAAGACUGGUGGACCACUUCACAGUUUUCACGGUUCAUUAGGACGUGGAACCGAAUUGUAUACUUGUGGCUACGAGAUCACAUAUAUAAACCACUCGCACCGUGGGUAGGUCGCGGUAUAUCAACGUUAACCGUUUUUGUGGUCUCGUCUUUGGCACAUGAAGUAGUACUGUCCCUUUCGUUUGGAUUCUUCUAUCCAGUGCUCUUGCUGGAGUUCGGUGUCUUUGGAGUGCUUUUAUUGCCACUCACAGCUACCAGUGGACGACGCUUUCCCAGCAUUCUUAAUCUGCUUAUGUGGCUAUCAUUUUUCUUUGGUAACGGUCUGCUGUGGAGCCUUUAUUCAAUGGAAUAUUUUGCUCGGAAAAAUUGCCCACCAUCCGGAAAUGACAGUUUUUUUAUACCGAAAUCUUGGUCAUGUCCGGAAAUAGUCCUUAAACCAAAUUGGGCAUUUCAAAAUCCCAUGCAUAUUAUUUUC